AUGCGUGUUCUUUUCUGGAAUAUUCGUGGUGUGAAGAAGGAGGCUGGUAAGAGAUUUUUACAAUCUCUUAUUUCAGAGUAUUAUCCAGAUAUUCUGUGUUUGGCUGAACCAAUGGUUCAGGUGAGUAAAUUCCCUGUUUUAUUUUUUAAUAAAUUGGGAUAUUCGGCAGAGUUUAUCCAUAAUAUCCGCCAUGAAAGGUGUUCUAACCUGUGGAUAAUUUGGAAACGUGGUCUGAGUCACCCUUCCAUUGCCUCAAUGUCGGCUCAACAGCUCUCUAUUGAGGUCGACUGGCAAGGGAAAAAACUGCUUUUGUCCUUUAUUCAUGCUAGUUGCUUUAAAAUUGAGCGUAGAGAUUUGUGGUCGGAAUUGGCAGCUGUUUCAGCAGCUUCUCUCCCUUUGCUUAUUGUUGGUGAUUUUAAUGCGACGUUGUUCUCUAAUGAGAAAAAAGGCCUGGGGAAUUUUAAUGUUGGAUCGGCAGCAGAGUUCCAAGCAAUGGUGGAUUCUUGUAUGCUUAUUUCUACCUCUUCACAGGGUAAAAAGUAUACUUGGUCAAAUAAUCGUAGAAGGGGUAAUGUCAUGGCUGUUCUGGAUAGAAGCUUUCAUAAUGAGUUAUGGAUUGAUGAAUUCAAAAAUAUUUCUCAGAGAGUUAUAACCUGCACUGCAUCUGAUCACACUCCCAUCUUGAUCCAUUCAAACAUGAUCCAAAAGCCUAGCAACAUUCCGUUUCGAUUUCAUAAUUUUUGGAUGGAAGAUGAUAACUUUCAGUUGGUGGUGAAGCAAGCCUGGUCUCAACAGGUGAGUGGCUGCCCCAUUUAUAUCUUGGCGCAGAAAUUGAAGGUGGUUAAAGGGGUGCUAAAAGCUUGGGCAAAAGAAAGAUUUCCUAAUCUAAAUGAGGAAGUGAAAAAAGCUACUUCAGAGCUAAAAAGAGUGCAGGAUACUAUUGAGGUUUCAGGAAUGUCGGAUGCCCUCUUUAAUGAAGAAGCGGAUGCAAAAACAGCCCUUUUAAAUGCUAGUAAGAUGCAAGAAAAACUGUGGUCUGAGAAGGCUAAAUUACGUUGGUUGAAAGAAGGCGAUCGGAACACAAAAUUUUUCCAUCUUUCAGUGAAGAUUAGAAGAUCAAGAAAUCAGAUUAGUAUGUUACGUCGUGAAGAUGGUUCUUGGAUUUCUGAUCAAUUAGAUUUGGCCAACUAUAUUGUGGAUUUUUACAAGAAUUUUCACUCUGAAAAUCCUGUAGAACCACACUAUGAGUUACUUGACCAAAUUCCGACUCUCAUUUCUAAUGAAGACAAUGCUUUCUUGGAUGCUGUUCCCUCAAGGGAAGAAAUAAAGAUGGCGAUAUGGGAUCUGGAUGCGGACAGUUCUCCGGGACCUGACGGCUUUCCAGGUCAGUUUUUCAGAAGUUGUUGGGAUAUUGUGGAAAAUGAUUUCUGUAGGGCUAUUUUCUCUUUCUUUUUAGUAGGGAAAAUUCCUAAGGGGGUAAAUAAUUGUUUCCUAACCCUUAUCCCUAAAGCUGAUGGUGCUUCUUCUUUGGAUAGUUUUCGUCCCAUAUGUAUGGGAAACUUUUUCUGCAAAGUUUUGUCCAAAAUUGCUGCUUCCAGGUUAUCUCUCUUUCUCCCAAGAUUAAUCUCAGAAGAACAAGGUGCCUUCCAGAGGGGUAAAAUUAUUUCAGAAAAUAUAAGCCUUGCUUCAGAGUUGGCAAACCUGAUGCACUCAUCUGUUCGAGGUGGAGGUAUGGGUCUAAAGCUAGAUGUGCAGAAAGCCUAUGAUUCUCUGUCUUGGGAAUUCCUCUUUGCAACCUUGAAGAAAUUUGGUUUCUCUCCCAAUUGGAUCAACAAAAUUCACCAGAUGCUGCUCUCAACAAGGAUUUCAAUUUUACUAAAUGGAGGUCCAGUGGGUUUUUUUGGUGUGGAGCGUGGUCUCAGGCAAGGAGACCCUAUUUCCCCAAUCCUUUUUAUUCUGGCAGAGGAAGUUCUUUGUAGGGGGCUGAAGAACUUGAUUCUGGAAAGGAAGAUGAAAGCUCUCCCAGGCCCCAGAGGAGCAAUUACUCCUUCCCAUUUACUUUUUGCAGAUGAUAUUUUCAUCUUUAUGAAUGGAUCAGCUAGGUAUGUGAAGCAUCUUCAUGAGUUUUUAUCCAAGUAUCAGUCUUUUUCAGGGCAGAAAAUAAACUUGGAAAAAAGUAAAAUAUUUUUUGGGAAGAUUGCCCCUCAUAGAAGUCAUUUUAUUAGUGAUUUUCUGGGCAUUGCCGCGGCUGAUCUCCCUACAAAAUAUUUGCGGGUGGAGAUUUUUAAAGGCAGAGUGAAGAAUAGUCAUUUGCUUUCUCUUCUGGAUAAGAUAAAGGGUCGGUUGGCAGGAUUCUUCAGGGAACGUUUUAUCAAGGAAGAUGGGUCGCUGCGAAGGGGAUAUAAGUCUUCAUCUAUAUGGCCGGGUUUGAAAAGAGUUUGGAGUUUCGUCGCGAAGAACGAGCAAUGGAUUCUGGGAAAUGGGAAAAAAAUUGAUUUUUGGUUAGAUAGAUGGAUUGACAAUCAAUCUAUCGCUGAGAAGACAAACUUGGACCCUGUUUUUUUCUCAGAUUUAAAAGAAAAAGUUUCUGAUUUCAUAUGCCAAGCCGCCUGGGACCUCCCUCAUGUGGAGUCGGUUUUACUUGCUGAAAUUUGGGAGAAAGCUAAACGUAUUCACAUCCAAGGUGUGAACGACCUAUGUCUUUGGCGAUUGACCUCUUCAGGUAUCUUCUCUAUUAAAUCUGCCUGGGAAGAAAAUAGAGAAAAAUAUCAGAAAGUGAGUUGGUUUUCUCUUAUAUGGAACUCAUCUAACCAACCAAGACAAGCUGUUUUUGCUUGGCGGUUAGUUCAAAAUAGAUUACCAACAGAUGAAAAUGUGUCUCAUCGUGGAGUGCAAAUGGCUUCCCGGUGCAGCUUGUGUGGUAAAGAUGAAGAAUCAAUGUCUCACUUAUUUUAUAACUGUGAAUUUGCUCGUAGUUUGUGGAGAGCUUUCUGUGAAGGUUUCGAUGUGCAAUGGAAACCUUAUAUGGACAUGCUUUCUUUUAUUGCAUGGUGGAAACAAACAGCAAAGAAUCUCCAUUUUAAAAAGGUGUGGAUUACUGGUUUCUCUCUGGUUCCUAGUGUCAUAUGGCAGGAAAGGAAUGCAAGAAUUUUUGAGGGGGUCUCCAAAUCAUCUAGACACUGUUUUGCUAUGAUUAAAAGUGAAAUCAGCCUCCAGAUGACUGCUGCUACAGGGUCCCCUCUCUCAUUUAGCUCCUUACUGUGUGCCAAAAGAUUGGGGAUCUCUAGGGUGCGAUACAAACCAAGAGAGGUAAUGGAAAUUUUUUGGUGUCCUCCCCAAAGGGGAUGGGUGAAGCUAAACUCAGAUGGUUGCUCUUUGGGAAAUCCAGGAAAAGCAGGUGCGGGUGGAGUAUUUCGGAAUGAAAAUUCAGAAAUAUUACAGUCUUUCAGAACUUUUCUUGGUGUCCACACAAAUUUUGAAGCCGAGAUGAUAGCUGUUAUUACUGGACUGGAAUUUGCAAGAGAUAUGGGUAUUACUCAUUUGUGGAUUGAGUGUGACUCAGUAGCUGUAGUUUUACUUAUAGCUAAGGGAAGAAUCCCUUGGUUUUGUCUUCAGAGGUGGAUGAGUUUAACCUCCUAUUUGAAUUCUCUUACCUGGAAAAUCACUCACUGUAUGCGGGAAGCAAAUCCUGUGGCUGAUUUCUUGGCAAAAACAGCAGCAAAAUUCGAAGUUUCUUCUCCUAUCCAAUCCUGGCCUGUGCGAAUUGCUAUAGAGUUGGAAGUGGAUGGUCAAUCUCGGCCUAGAUACCGCUUCUUUUAA